UGUUGCGGCAGCAGCAGGCCCGCGAGUGCAUGCUUGCACAUCGAACGAAGCAACUACGUGCUAGGGUGCACAAAUAUUCCCGUGUUGAUACAGCCCUGGGAAAGUGACCUCCUCGUAAAGGCCCACCCGUGCGCUAGCGGCGGCUACGAAGCACCACCAUCCACAAGGUCGACUACAGCAGUCAGGACCGACAGCAACAGCUAUUAUAGGGGCGCAGCAACUCGGCCAUUCUCCGGUUCGACCACAACCAACGAAGAAUUGACGACGACGAUGGCAAAGAUAACGACGACCACAAGGACGGGGGUAGAGUACUCUGGCGACGUGGGGGCUUGCGACUUCGAGGCAACGGCGGAGGGUGACGGGGUGACCGGCCUCGCUGCAGGGGCACCAGUGAGGACAGUAACGCCACCAGCGGCGGUGACGGCAGCGUCAGCUGCAGCAGGGGGGAAAGCUGAAGUAGAACUUGCACUAGAGGGGAACCUUGCAGCAGAACGAAAGAGGACGGAGAAAACGGACACUAUGAACACAAUAGGCAACACAAGAGCGUCGAAGGUCAUUGCGCGGCUAGCGACGCAAAAACCCGUGACCCCCCCGGGUGCGGUGGCAAUGGCGGCGGCAGCGGCGGCAAAGCUUCAGCUGAAGGCAAGAGGGUCACCCACUUCUUCUCGCCGCUCCACCUCGGCUUCUUUGUUCUCCACUUACCGUUCGCUCCUCGCCAUGCCUGCACUGGAUGCACUCAAUAGGCGGGUGGAGAGUAAUGCUUCCCCGGGAGGGGAUGCCGGGGUGUUUCCUGCCGCAAGUACGGCCGCCAGCAACGCCGGGGGCGGGGUCAGCAGCUUCGGCCGCUCGAGGAAAAACGCCAACAGCGGCAUCAGUGAGGAGGGCUGGGCUAACAAUUCGGGGGGAUUUGGGGGCGGCGGCGGGGAGGGCAACGGAGACAGUAGCGGCCAUCAAAGAGGGGGGGAGUCGGGGGGCGCGGGGGGGAUACUUCGGACUAGCGAUUCUGCGACGCAGUGGAAAAGCUUUGACUCGGCAACGAGCGAGGUGUCGUUGCGUAAGGGGAAUACGAGUGACGAGCCAGGACGACGACCAACGGCCGAAGUGGCCUCGAUGGAGUCGCCGCAGAGCAUGCUUCUGACGUCCGAGGAAAACAACAUCAUGCGUUUGCCCAACUACAGUUCGUUCAUGCGCCAGCAGGAAAGCCUUCAGGCUCUGCUGGUGGAUAUUCACCAGGACCCGGACGGCUUCACGGAUUUUGUUGAGGCUCGGAGAAGCGAAAUCAACCCGGUAGGGGAGGCAAGCGUUUCGAACGUCACGUCGGCGCUGGAGAGCUUGUCCGACUACACGAACCUUACGCAGAUCGGAAGUGGUCGAUUUUCCGUGGUUUUUUACGCCGAAUCGAAGAGGACAGGACGACCGUGCGCCAUCAAGCGCAUCCCGCUGGCCGACCCGCAGCUGGAUGAAGGGGGCGGUGGGGGGACAUCACCCUCGCCGCGAGACGCACAGGCAGAAAAGAGCACGGCCGUAGCGGCAGCAAACACAACGGCAUCAACAAUAGCAACGAAAGCACCAGCGACGCCAGGGGUGGUGACGGCGGAGGAGUUUGGGGGGUUGGGCGAGGGCGUGGCGGGGGACGGGGAGCGGAGGGGCAACUUGCGCAAGUAUAUGACAUACGAGACAUGCGUGAAGGAGGUUGGGCUCUUGAAGAACCUGGCCAGCCCGAAUAUCGUCAAGCUCCACACAUGUUUUCUCGGCCACAACGCGUUGUGGGUGGUGAUGGACUGGAUGGACGGUGGAGACCUCAAAGGCACGGAAGUUUCGGUGGUGUUGUUCGAAGGGGUUGCUGGUAUGGGUAUGUCUUGGAGACAAGUGAUAGCAGUUGAGCUACGCCAAUACACCGACCCCACUUCCUGCUCUACUCCAAAAACCACCACCGCCGCUUCAGGAGUGCUGAGGCGCACGAAGCAGUCGGGGCGACGACUGGACGAGAUAACCGUGUGGGGUUACUUCACCCAGAUCUGCGACGCGCUGCUUCACAUGCACGGGGAGCGGAUCAUCCACAGAGACAUCAAGCCCGCCAACGUGUUCGUGUCUCGCGAUGGGAUCGUCAAGCUGGGGGACCUGGGGCUAGGCCGAUACCUCAGCGCCCGUAGCGUGUUGGCCAUGUCCCAAGUGGGCACCCCCCUCUACAUGAGCCCCGAGACGCUUAAGGGCCAGGGCUACGACAUGGGUUCGGAUAUCUGGUCCCUGGGCUGCGUCCUGUACGAGCUGGCCCAGCUCGAGUCGCCUUUCGCGGGCAAGCACCUCACCAUGAAGACCCUGUUCCGGAAGAUCGUGCAAGCGGAGUAUCCGCCACUGGACUGCAAGACUUACAGCCCGUGCUUGACCAACCUGGUGGCCCAUCUCCUCAUGCCAGACCCCACCAUUCGCCCCAGGAUUGAAUUGGUUCAUCAAGCGGCUCAGCUGGCGUUUGAAGCAACCCUCAAAGGGAUUGAGAUACGCUCCGGUUCUGUUUUCGAUUGA